AUGCUUUUCAUAGUUUUAUUUCCGUUAUUUACAAACACUAUUCGCUGUUAUAAAUGUGAUGCUACAAGCGAAUGUAAAACGCUAACUAAUGGCCUAUCAUUCAAAAGCUACGAUUAUACAUCAGAUAAUGUGGAAAUAAUUGAUUGUGAAUAUUAUUGUUGGAAAUCAGUUUCACUUGGAAAUGUAUAUCGAGGAUGUGCAAAAAAACGUUGUGCACUUUCACAUACGAUUGGAACAUUUUCAAGUAGUGUGUGCUGUCAAACAGAUUAUUGUAAUGAGUCUAAUCGAAUUUUUUCAUCAAAAUUUCUUUUUAUGACAAUUAUUUUAUCAGCUUUACUGCGUCAACAUUUUUUGUAA